GGGACAUCCGAAUAUAGCAAGCGGUGCUCAGCCAUCACGACUGAACUCAGAACCGCCCUGCAACACCGCCCACUCUCCAUCUGACGGUCUUUCUCUCAGGUCACUCCUUGUCCCUCGUUUCACUCUUUUACUACUACUUGACCUCACCCUCUAUCUACUCCUUGGCACGAGCAUUGACUGCGGUGCCCCGCCCAUACAGUCCCAACCGCUACAUACCAUUCCUUCCUAAUCCUGCACUUGACACGACACAAUGGCCAGAGACAGACUUGCAGCUCUCAGGGCGCAACAGGGCGGUGGUAGCUAUAACACCGGGUCUGAUUCUUACCCAAUGCAAACCACCAAUACUGGUGGGUAUAUGGCCUCGAGACCCAACCCAUACGCUCAGCAGGAUGGUCGUUCAGAUGGUUACAACGCGCAGGCGGCAGACAGCACAACACACCUAACGGCCACUAGUGGAGACAGCAUGUCAGCAUUCUACAGCGAGAUUUCUUCCAUUCAAGAUGACCUGCGAACUUUCAACGACAAUGUCAACCGGAUAUCCGACCUUCACUCACGUUCGCUCAACAAUACCGAUGACGCUGCGGUACAACGCAACACACAGCAAUUGGAGGACCUUGUUGCUGACACCAGUGCUCUCAGUAAUGUCUUGAAGCGACGGAUAAAAGCUUUGGAGAGAGAAGGUGGUUCGGGACGAGAUGGACAGAUUCGCAAGCAACAGACUGGACUUGUGAAGCAAAAGUUCAUGGAGGCGAUUCAGAACUACCAAACUGUCGAGCAACAGUACCGAUCAAAGUACAAGCAACGUCUGGAACGUCAAUUUAAGAUUGUGAAACCCGAUGCUAGCCCUGAGGAAGUCAAGGCGGUGACUGAGGAUGACAACGGCGGCCAGAUUUUCAGCCAAGCGCUCAUGAACUCGAACCGAUAUGGUGAGGCGAAAUCGGCGUACCGUGAGGUCCAGGAGCGACAUGAGGACAUCAAGAAGAUUGAGAGGACCUUGACUGAACUCGCUCAAUUGUUCAACGACAUGAGUAUUUUGGUAGAACAGCAGGACGAGCAAAUCAACACCAUUGAGGCUACCGCAGCGACUGUGGAGAAAGACACAGAAGCCGGUCUGGGGUACACAGAUAAGGCCGUCGACUCUGCUCGUGCUGCUCGCAAGAAGCGAUGGAUUUGCUUCAUCAUCCUCAUCGUUAUCCUUAUUAUCAUUGCUAUUAUCAUCGCGGUCGUCGUUGUCAACAACAACAAGAAUAAGUAGGCGGAUGUUACCUCCCACGAUAUGACAGCAGCAGCAAGACAUUCUUAUUCACGUUCGUAUAAUUCCGUAAUCUAUUUGUUUCCUCAUCGGACUGGAUUUUGUUCCUUCUUUGAUUCCCUCUUCCCUCCGACCGGCAGAAUGUAUAUCUUGUGUUUUGCUUUGUCGGACAUUCACGCUGUGGAUUGUGUAGAAUAGUUUUGUGUGCAUUUCCAAUCUAUGGUCUACGCGUGGUGAUACCCUAUGUACAUGCGAAUCCGGGCUUGAAGCUUAAAGAUUGAUAGCACGUUCCAGAAGCAUUUAACCAAGAUGCAUUGCGAAACGAAUGCGAACCUGCUGCUGCGAGACC